UCAUUCAAUUCUCACUUGAUCUUUUGGUGCUUUGGUAAUCAAACAAGGAGAGUGAUUUCUUACUUCUCAUCAAUCACAAGAUUAAGGUGCAUUGUGGAGAUGUGGUGUUGUGGAGAAUAUGUAGAGGAGAGUUAUGGCAUGCCAGCAAAGCAAUUUGUAGAGCCUCAGAAAUUUCUCAACCCUUCUGGACAUGAUAAUAAACAGCCUAAAGGAUCAAAUCGAGGGGUGCAAAAGAUUCUACCUAUUGAAAUACCAGCAAUUUCAUUGGCUGAUCUCAACAGAAUGACUAAUAACUUUGGUCAGAAGGCUUUAAUUGGUGAAGGAUCUUACGUCAGGGUAUUUUAUGGAGUUCUAAGUUCAGGACAACCUGCUGCAAUAAAGAAGCUAGAUCCCUCUGCCUCUCAAGAACCUGACCCUGACUUUGUUGCCCAGUUAUCCUUAGUUUCAAGGUUCAACAAUGAAUAUUUCAUAGAACUACUUGGCUACUGUCUUGAGGCAGAUAACCGCAUAUUGAUUCACGAAUAUGCUUCAAAUGGAUCAUUACAUGACAUAUUACAUGGUAGGAAAGGAGUGCAGAAUGCUGAGCCUCGUGUUGUUCUGUCUUGGAAUCAGAGAGUGAAAAUUGCAUAUGGUGCAGCAAGAGGUCUUGAGUAUCUCCAUGAGAAAGUUGAGCCUUCCAUUGUUCACAGGGAUAUAAGAUCAAGCAAUGUACUUUUGUUCGACUAUUAUGCUCCCAAAAUUGCCGAUUUUAAUCUAACCAACCAGUCACCAGACACUGCUGCCCGCCUACAUUCAACGCGUGUUUUAGGGACUUUCGGCUACCAUGCACCAGAGUAUGCAAUGACUGGACAAUUAACACAGAAAAGUGAUGUGUAUAGUUUUGGUGUUGUUCUUCUGGAGCUUCUAACAGGAAGAAAACCAGUAGAUCAUACAAUGCCAAAGGGACAACAAAGUCUUGUAACUUGGGCCACUCCAAGGUUAAGUGAAGACAAAGUUAAACAAUGUGUAGAUCCAAAGCUAAACAAUGAAUACCCUCCCAAGGCUGUUGCUAAGUUGGCUGCAGUUGCAGCAUUAUGUGUGCAGUAUGAAGCUGACUUCAGACCUAACAUGACAAUUGUUGUCAAAGCCCUCCAACCUCUUCUUAAUUCAAAAGCUGCUCCAGACCAGUAG